AGCUUAUGGUCAAAGAAACUACAUGUCCCAUAAUGCACCCCACCGCCAGCCGGCGUAAUGUCAGACUACACGAACGGAAUGAGUGCAAUUCAAAACCGGUGGUUUUAACUUCACGACUGAAACCUUCAGGUGCAUUAUGUGGGCACGUGUGGGUCUUUUGAGUUCAGUGGCCCUUGGGUCAACAAUGUUUUGGGCUCAAAAGAAUAAGACAGAAGAAUCUCCAUACGAGCUUAAAUUAAUUCAAGUUUUAUUCAGACAUGGGGCAAGAACACCAUUGAAAUCCAUUCCAGAUGUGUUGGAGGCACAAUGGAUCCCUGAACUCCUCAAAGCUCCUGCUCACACUGAAAUAGACUUUACGAUUACAGACCUGCAUGGAGGACCCAGACCCCCAUCUCCAGUAGAGGACAGCUACAGGUCAAGAAUAUUGACAGGUGGAACUUAUCCAGGUCAGCUGACCACAAUGGGUAUGGAACAGAUGUAUGAUCUUGGAGUGAGGCUGCGAAAGAGAUACAUAGAGGACAUACCUUUCCUUACACCUUCUUUCAACCCCAAAGAAGUUUACAUUCGCUCAACCAACAUUGUACGCACGAUUGAAUCAGCAAAGUGUUUGGUGGCAGGACUAUUCCAACAGAAACAAGCAGGUGUUGUAUCCAUCCUCACUGACAAAUCAGAGAGCGAGGUCCUCUACCCCAACUAUCACGGAUGCAAGCUGCUCAGGCUGCACUCUGGUCCACGGUGGGCAGAAUCAUCUAAGCUUUCAGACAUUGCAGAGGACCUGCGUAGCAUCCAGAGCGCGUUGGGGGUCGGUCCUCAUCAACCUCUCGACUUCAUCCUCAUUAGAGAUGACAUGGUGGCCAGAGAGACCCACGGCCUGCCGGUUCCUACAGCGCUUGAGCAUUGGAGAAAUAUUGUGGAAAAGAGAGCAGUAGAUGUGAUGUGUCACAUAUAUGAGCCCAGCAAGAGACAGAUUGUACAGAUGUGUGUGGGUCCUUUUUUUCACAUGCUCAUAACGAAUAUAGAAGACAAAGUUCAGGGCAUCAGCUCUUAUCCAGACAGAAAGUUGUUCCUGUACUCUGUGCAUGACACCACACUGAUGCCAUGUCUCAUGGCUUUGGGGGUUUUUGACAUGAAGUGGCCACCGUACGCUGCCGACAUCACACUGGAGCUGUAUCAGCACCGUCAAACUAACCAGCAUUAUGUUAAAGUUUCCUAUAUUGGCCAGGAUCAAAAAAUCCCAGGCUGCAGUGAUGUUUACUGUCCGCUGAAUGAGUUUAAGGAGGCAUUGGCUGUUUACUCUGUACCUCUUGAGCGCUACCAGGCCCUAUGCAACAGUGCAGAGCACCAUCCCGAACUCUGAUUGGCUCUUAAGUUUUACAUUUUCCCCAGAAAACAAAUGUUUUUCACCAGUCUAAGCUCUUCUUUACAGCCGAGGGGCAUCAUAAUGUUAACAAUAAAUUGCUUUUAAAAUCUAUAAGUCGAUUUUUCUUUUGCG